GUAAGAAAUCUAAAUAUCCGAACCCCCAAUUAUAUCUUCAUUCUCUUCCCAAAAACUCUCUGAAAACAACCACAGUGGUGGUGGAGAGAACAACAACCAUGGCUUCUUGCCUGCAGCUUCCCAUGGCUGCAUCAUUAUCUUCAUCUUCUUCAUCUACAAGAAGUAUCAAUAGUGCUAGGAAUUCAAAAACCCUAAUUAGUUGCAUCAAAACCCAACCAAUAUCAUCAUCAUCACUUAAAAUCCCGAUGCCUCCUUUGAAUCCAAAAGACCCCUUUCUAUCUAAAUUAGCUUCAGCAGCUGCUGCUGCUGAAAAUCCUCUUGACCUAAAAUCCAAAUCUUCUGACCUUCCUCCUUAUCUCGACCUCUUUGAAACUCCUACUCUCAUGGCUACUCCUGCUCAUGUGGAAAGAUCUGUAUCUUACAGUGAACAUAGGCCAAGGAAGCCACCACCGGAUUUGCCAUCAUUGCUUCUCAAUGGAAGGAUUGUUUACAUUGGCAUGCCAUUGGUACCAGCUGUGACAGAGCUCGUGAUCGCGGAGUUGCUUUACUUGCAGUGGAUGGAUCCGAAAGACCCAAUCUAUGUUUACAUUAACUCAACUGGAACAACCCGAGAUGAUGGUGAAACAGUUGGAAUGGAGUCAGAGGGUUUCGCUAUCUAUGAUGCAAUGAUGCAUAUCAAAAACGAGAUACAUACAGUUGCUGUUGGGGCCGCUAUUGGUCAGGCAUGUCUCAUACUUGCUGCAGGAAAGAAGGGAAGACGGUUUAUGUUUCCACAUGCCAAAGCAAUGAUCCAACAACCUCGUGCUCCAUCAUCCGGGCUAAUGCCAGCAAGUGAUGUUCUUAUUCGUGCUAAAGAGACUGUAACUAAUAGAGACACACUUGUUAAACUCCUCGCAAGACACACUGGGAAUUCGCUUGAGGCUGUUGCAAACUUGAUGAAGAGGCCAUUUUAUAUGGAUUCAUCACGGGCUCUACAGUUUGGUGUCAUUGACAAGAUUCUAUGGCGAGGUCAGGAGAAGAUAAUGGCAGAUGCUCCGACACCUGAUGAGUGGGACAAGAUAGCGGGAAUUAAGGUUGUCGAUGGGAUGUAAUCAUCCAUUUGUUAUAAUAGUUAGUGUUUCACAUCAGUAAACUGUAAGUAGUUUUAUACUGAUAAAUCUGUAAUCUCUCUCAAAGUAGUUUACAGAACCUAUAUUCUUGGUGGUCUAAAUUUGUGAUGGAAUUUUUGUUCCUCAUCGACUGUUUAAACUUUCACUUUGAGAUAAUCUUUUCUAGAA